AUGGUCUCGCCCGCAAUCCGAGUGGCCCCAUCGGCCGCCAACCGCGCGCUGAAUCUACUGCGUACGGUGCAGUACACCCAUCCACCGAACUGCCCUUGUCACUCCAAUUCCAAUCACCACCAUCAUCAUAAGACUCCUUCAAUGUUGAACAAUGUCCGCCGACACUUAGCGACCCCUGUUGAUCCCUCGCGUGAGAAGGAAUAUGCCUUUGAAAUGGCAGCAUCUAGCAUUCGGUUCGGACCUGGCUCCACCAAGGAAGUCGGCAUGGAUUUCGCAAAUAUGGGCGCCAAGCGUGUUUGCAUUGUGACUGAUUCCAAUGUGGCCAAGCUGAAUGCCAUGAAACAGGCCGUUGAGGGACUCGAACGAGAGGGUAUUCAAUUUACCAUCUUUGACAAGGUCCGGACGGAGCCUAAGGACAGCUCUAUUCGAGAGGCUAUUGCAUUUGCGAAGCCGUAUAAGCCCGAUGCGUUUCUGGCUGUCGGUGGUGGAUCUGUCAUUGACACCGCUAAACUCAUGAAUCUCUAUACAGUUUUCCCGGAAGCCGACUUCCUGGACUUUGUCAACGCGCCACUGGGCAAAGGCCUCCCAGUCACCAAGCCACUACUCCCCCUAGUAGCCGUACCCACAACCGCAGGUACAGGCUCCGAGACAACCGGAACAGCCAUCUUCGAUCUAGUCGAGAAGAAAGCCAAAACAGGCAUUGCGCACCGCGCCCUCAAGCCUACACUUGGAAUCUGCGAUCCCCUCAACACUCGCACUAUGCCAUCAGCCGUCCACGCUGCAUCCGGCCUCGACGUGCUCUGCCACUCACUCGAAUCAUGGACCGCAAUCCCAUACAACGAACGUACCCCACGCCCCACAAAUCCCAUCAACCGUCCUGCCUACCAAGGCGCAAAUCCGAUCUCCGAUAUCUUCUCCCUGCAAGCUCUGCGCAGCACGGUCAAGUACCUCCCCCGUGCAGUGAGAGAUCCCGAUGACCACGAGGCGCAGUCCAAUAUGCUUCUCGCGGCCACUCUGGCCGGUGUCGGAUUUGGAAAUGCAGGUGUUCACCUGUGCCACGGCAUGAGCUACCCCAUCUCCAGCCAGAAUCCUGGCUAUAAACACAGUGGCUAUGAGGUCGAUCAUCCCAUUAUUCCUCACGGUGUGUCCGUCGCAGUUACAGCGCCUGCUGUUUUCCGUUUCACGGCUGCAUCGAAUCCAGACCGUCACUUGGCUGCUGCUGAGGCUUUCGGUGUGGAUAUCUCGAAUGUGAAGCGUGAGAGUGCAGGCGAGGUGCUAGGUGCUGCUAUUGCCGAUUUUUUGCUUAAGUUGGGUGACCAACCGCGUGGUUUGAAAGAUCUGGGAUUCAAGUCCUCGGAUAUUGAUGGCUUAGUUGAGGGGACCCUUCCGCAGAGGCGUGUGUUGAUGUUGGCGCCGAAUUUGAGUGAGGAGCUCCAAGCUGAGAAAAGCGAGCUGAGGCGCCUAUUGGAGGAGUCUAUGGACUACUAG